AUGACGCUCAGCACCCUCUACUCACGACGCGCUCGUCCCCAAUCUUUGCUUCCUUCCUGUUUCUGCAGACGCUACCAAUUGCCACACACCAGGCAGAACGGACAAAAUAACCCGCGUGCCUUCCGGCUGCAGAUUACCAUGCCACAAAUCCCGCGGUCCAUCGACGAAUCGACGAGGGAAACUUUUCGCAGAGCACUGAUGGUCACCAGACACGGUCGACAUGUUUCAUCAGCACUCACCUUCCCCUCAUAG